AUGUCCAUAACAUCGGCGCCGCCACCGCCGCUCUGCCACCUCUGCCGUUCACAUCAUCCGCUCUUGUCGUUCAGGCAACAAUCAUGCAAUCGCCGCGUGUUCGUCACCUGCUGGUCGCCACCCUUCUCCUUGGACUGCAAACGUUUCGUCGAGGUAAGCGUGUGCUGUGCUUCGUUCUCGCUGUUUCUUCUUGCCAUCCUCCGCGUUUUGUACGUCUUUCUCCUCCCUCUCAUCUCUUCUUUCUACUCAUCAUUACACCACUGUGCUUUCGCCCGUAUCACCUCACUUUCACGAACUCAUUCUUCUCAUUUUCCUCUCGCUCGGCACUCGGCAACCGCCACCGGCAUCCCCGGCAACUCACCACCGAGAGUCGAUUUUGUCUUGCCACCCAAAGCUACCGUAUCCCAGGAGGAUGAUUAUAAAACGAUCAUUUAUCGUCCGUUUUUGGACGUGCUAGUCGUUCAUCAGUCUGGCCGCUGUCGUCCGUCCGUUGCUCAUCCAUCUGUUAGUCAUUCACAAGCAUCCGCCGACUUUUCAAGACCAUUUUCGGAUUACCCGGGCUGGCCAGUACGCCUCAGCGCUGAGCAUCUGCAGAUCGAUACGUUCAAGAAGAAAAACUUCGCUACUAAUGAAACCGUAGCUGAUCUCGUCUACAUUCCGGAAAGCAGUUACGAUGCUCUUCCAAAUCCUUUCACAAUUUUUCGCACCAUUUGUUGGAUCAGCUUCAGCUGA